AUGCCGACGAUUUUGCGCCUUCGAGACCUUUUGGCCAUGUCCGAGGAUGAGAUUGCCCCGGCGGAUGUUAGCUCUUCGUCGGAUGUCGUCCCGGAAACACCGUCGUCCCUCUCCCUCGUCAAGGGCGAUGAAGACUCGCCACCCGCGCAGCCUACCGAGCGCAACAGGCCGGUGAAACGGAGGAGGCCCAGAACACCCAGACACGUGCAGCGCACACCGCCAACUCCAAACUCCAACGGGAAACUCGAAUGCACUUGGGACGAAUGUGACGAUGAGAUCAAGGAGUUUCCGCGCCUGGGCGAAUGGAACAAACACAUGGACAAGCAUGAACGCCCGUACAAGUGUGCCUCGGACGGUUGCAGGAACCAAAAAGGCUUCACGUACGCCGGUGGACUUGUCCGUCACGAAAGGGAGGUCCACGGCAAAAACGUCGGGGCCGAACACCAAAUCUGGUGUCCGCAUAAAAGCUGCAAACGACACUUCCGCAAACCGUUUGCCCGCGACCAAACCCUCAGGGAACACCUGCGUCGGGUUCACAAAUUCACGGAUGUGGAAAAGCCAGGCCCCCCGUCGCGCCCCCGCAAGCUGGAUGACCGUGCUGACCACGACGACGACGACGAGGUCGAUGGCGAAGAAGAAGAACAAGUGGCGCAGACCAAGAGGCGCAAGACGGCGGCGGACGAUGGCGAGGUGGAGAGGCUCCGGAAGCAGGUAAAACAGCUCCAAGGAGCCCUGGCGGCGUCCGAAAAGAACGUGGUCAGGCUCGAAGCAGUCGAGGCAGAAUUCAAGGCUUUUGACGCCUUUAAGACGCUCUUUCUGGCGAUGCUCAACAAGCCGCAGGCGGCCGAGGCCGAUGGCACACGCUUGGAGGGCGAGCGAGGCGCUGCCGACAAGACCGCCCUCGACCCACCGUUGCCAGAUUCUUCGGAAAUCAGCAAGGAGUAG